AUGAAUUCCAUAACUGAUUGCAUUAAUAAUGCGUUUAGACCAUAUGUAGGUCAUGAUAUAGUAGAUGAAAGCAACUUCUUGUUUACUCUAUGUCUAACAGGUGCAGCUGCAACAUUGAUUGCAGCAAUAGUUUGGGGAUACUCAUCUCAACCUAAAUCUAGCAAAAAGUCUAGCAAAAAGAAGAAGGCUAAAAAGACUUCCCCAGUUCAAGCAGCUCCACAAACAUAUGAGGAAAGAAUUCAAAAUGUUAUUAAUAAAUAUAAUAAGGAAUAUAAAGAUGGAAUUUUAAAAUUAUGUGAAUCAUUUGAUAAAUCAAAUGAAUCCGAAGUUUAUCAAAGAAACUUUUUAAAUGAAAUGUUAUUAAAGCUAAUGAUAGAAUUAGAUGGUAUCGAUCUAGUUGAUGUCGAAGGUGAGAGAAGAGCACAAUUGAAGCAAAGCAGAAAAAGUGCAAUUAAAUUGAUCCAAGGCCAAUUAUCUAAAUUAGAUUCACUUUUAUAA